AUGGUAGUGAAGGGUGGUGGAGGUGACAUGUGGGGUCAUAAUUAUAGUGAGUGGCAGGUGGCGGUGUCGAGCGGUGGUGAUGGGUGGUGGAGACAGGUGAAGGUGAUAGGUGGCGAUGGUGGGUGGGUGGGUGGGUGGGUGGUGGUGAUGGGUAGUGGUCGGUGGUUGUCGGUGGUCGGUGGUGAUGUUGGUGGUGGUGAGGUGGUGGAGGUGGGUGGUGGUGAUGGGUGGUGGUUGGUGGUAAUGGCGGGUGGUGAUGAUAGUGAUGGAUGGUGGAGGUGGGCAGGUGGUGUUUUAGUGGGUGGUGGGUGGGGGCGAUGGCGGCGGGUUGUGGUGAUGGGUGGUGGUGGUCGAUAG